AUGCCGUCUCUAAACCUGAACACACCAUUUCAACCACUGAUCGAACAUGCUGGGACAUGUGGUAAAGGACCCGCCAAUCAGCCGACAAUCUCCUUGAAUAUUCCAGUUGCCAUUGUAACAGGCGCGACUUCUGGCAUUGGAGCCGAUAUUGCCAGGGACCUGCAUUCACGUGGAUGGAAAGUCGCCUGUGUUGGCCGCCGAGCCCAAGCCGGAAACGAUCUUGUGCAGAGCCUGGGUGAGAACGCACGAUUUUACCAAGCAGAUGUCAGCGACUAUCAGAGCCAGGCUGCUGUUUUUAGAAAGGUUUUCCGGUUAUGGGGGAGAAUUGAUGCACUGUGCGCGAACGCUGGCGUAGGUGACCAGUCUUCGCUUUAUCUCCUUAACCGGCGCGAUAAAGGCGUCGAGGACGUCCCUCCAGAGCCGGACCUCUCCUGCACCGAUAUAAAUUUCAAAGGUGUCGUAUAUGGCACUGUAUUGGCAACGCAUUUUAUGCGGCACAACAGGCCCGAGGCGGGCGGAAGGAUUGUGGUGACCGGCAGUAUCGGGGGUAUUUUCCCCCAUAGAACGUAUCCCGAAUACAGCGGGACAAAGGCAGCAGUCAACCAAUUUGUUCGUGGCGUUGCGCCAGUGUUGAAGGCCAAGGAUAAUAUCCAUAUCAACUGUGUCUUGCCGGGUAUUGUCGCCACGCCCAUUGUUCCUCCUGAGAUGAUUGAGGCUGUGGCACCGGAAUGUCGACGCAUAAGCUCCGCGACACCGAGUAUACUACCCCGGUUAGAGCAAGGAAAUGCAACCAAUACCGAAGCACCGCGUAGAGUACCGUUCCCCAGAGCCGAAGUGCCCGACGACACCUGUGUGGUCAAUAUCCAUACUCGAAACUCUAUAUCUGGACCCUCAACUUAA